UUCUUAUACCAUGAUUCGAGCUAUCGUUUCGUUUCACGUGUCAUAUCGCGAGAAUCUUCUUAUCAGAAAGUAUAUACAUAUACGCGUAUGUAUGUGCAUGCAUGAUGUACAUACACUGGUGUAUAUUUUCGGAAGACUGUGGUAGACGUCCCCGACACUUGGUUGUUCGUAGUCGUUCGUCGACUACUCGCGACUACUAUUCGUCGAUCGUCAUUGACGGACGUCUGCGAGUAGGGCCUAACCCCCCCUGCACACUCGUGUUCGAAAAGGUCUUCGUCGGCGGCUCUAUCAUGGGACUUUGAAAAGCGUCGAGUUGACGUGUCUCGGUUAAAGCAUUGGUACGAACACUACGAACUCGCGCGGCACUGAAACGCUGAAGCGCUUGAGCGAAAUUCCAAGGAACUUUCUAGAAUGAACAGAGAAUAUUCUUUUUGAAUGUUGUCAAAGUCAUUGUAAGCAAUGAUACAAACAAGACUUCUUGCAUCUGUGGGUGACAUUUCUUAGCUAUUAAAACAUUUGUAUAUCUUUUUAUAUCAAAUUCAACGAUUAUUUAUUUGCAUUUUGGCAUUGAGAAAUGCCAGCACCAUCCCCGACCCUCUCUAGCUUGCCAGAAAUACCUAUGUGUGAGAAAACGGAAGCCAAUGAUACCGAUUCUCUGCCCCCUUGGGCCAAAAUCACACUUACAUCUGCAGAAGCUGAAAUCGAAAAGCUGAUCUCACGAAAUGAGUUGAAAGACGCAGAAGUAACUUACUUCUGUCAAGUAGAACCAAUUCUUCAAGAUGGACCACAGUGCGGUUUAGUGGCGCUUUCUAUGGCAUCGCAAGAAUACACAAAACCAGUUUCUGUAAAUCAACUUCUCGCUGAAGCUCGUGUACGAGGAUUUACACAGCAUGGAGAAGUAUACAGUGUCGAUUUUAUGGGGACAUUGGCUGCGGAAUAUUUACCUGAUCAUAAACCAGAUAUUUUAGUAGAUUUACAACAGUGUCCAGACACAUUAACUCAUGCUUUAGCACAUGGAGCAAUGGUGCUGAUACCAUAUGAUUCUGACUUCAAUCACGCUCCAUGUUUAAAAAAAGGUCAUAAAGCGCAUUGGGCAUUGCUUGUGGGUCUAAUCUCUUCCAGACAGGGAUAUCACGUUCUGGCACGUCACGGUAAAUCGCGUCACUUGGCUUGUUGGCCUUUACGCGAUUUGAUUGAAAGUAAUGGCAACUUGGAGGAAGAGGGUACAACGAGAUAUGCAGGAGGAUAUGUUAUACCAAAGGGUGGUGUUGGAGGUCAAAAAGGCUUACGCGGCAGAGCAUUGGCAUUACAUCCGUACAUAUAGAAUUAUAUCGAAGAAAAUUAUAGGUAAUUGAUUUCAUGCUAAAAAAGAAAAUUUGCCGAUACUCUAUAUCCACUUGUGCUAAAUAUUCGAAACAUAACAUUUGCAUACAAUACACACGGCUUCCAUAAGAAUCACUAAUAAUUAUGUAUUAUAAUAUGCGACGCUUUACAUUUAAAUUUGUGCGAAAUAUUUUACGUAAUGUUAGUCAUGACAUCUACCAAAAAAGCGUUCGGUAUUGGAGAUGCAAUUCUAAGUGGCAUUAUUUUCGUUUUAUUGGAAUUAUGCGAUGUAAAUAAAAAUUCCGGCAGGCCGAAAUAUGUGCACGUAAAAUAUAAAUGCAGACAAUUGUCUCUUGACAGUAUUAUAUCCUAUUAGAUUGAAAUGCAAAAGUGUAUGCAUACACAUUUAAAGUAAAAAUGAGAUACAUAAAAAUGUUCACAUAAGUAAAUAUAUAUGCAUAUACAUAUGUGUGUACAUGCGUGCGUGUGCGUAUGUGUGUAUGUAGCAAGUUAUCAAAAGUGAUAAUUCAGAAGGCAAGAUCUAAGUAUGUUUCUUUAGAUAGAGUAUGUGUAGGUUUUCAACAACAAUUGUGGUUUCCGUCUUAUGUUAAUGCAAUAAAUAAAGAGUAAAUCUAUUAUAUCAA